AUGUAUUUCGCCUCGCGUGUGCUCUUGGCGACGAUCGGUUGUUUUUGCGAGAGCCAUUGUACCGGGGAGCCGUUGCGCAGCGUGAUGGUGCCGGUGAGGGAUUUUGGCGUCGUCUCGUCUUUCGCGUAG